AUGUCUGAUUACUCUGACUUGAAUGCUUCACAUACGAAUUCAUCAUAUCCGAAACUAAUGAAAGGCGGUAAAAAUCUAUAUGGACGCUUUGAGUUCUUGGAAUUAAAUCCGGGUAUAACAAUUACGAGUUUGGUAUUUAUUUCUAUAGCGUCUGUUGUCGGCACGUUCGGAAAUAUUCUUACACUGUUAGUGAUGGCACCAAGAUGUAAAACAAAGGGAAAUGUGGAAAACAUUUUCAUUGUCAAUUUAGCAUUGUCUGACAUCUUUGUAACAAGUAUAGCUGAUCCAAUGAGUAUUAUAGCGAAGAUAGAAGGAGAAGGCUUUUUCAACCGCAUUCCAGGGCUUUGUCAGACGAUUGCCAGCAUAUGCACCGUUUCCUGUGUGACGUCAAUUAUGACAAUUGGAUUGAUGAGUGUCAACCGGUACGUUUAUAUAUGUGCGCAUGAAAAAUAUAACCGACUAUUCACGAAAUGGAACUGCAUCGGUAUAUCCAUGUCGCUAUAUUUCGUUGGAGGUUUAUUGGUUCUGUUAAAUGCAGCGGACAUUGGUGAUCAUGGAUAUGACAGGAAAAGUUUGGAAUGCAUUUGGGAUCGCAUGGCAACCUACCCAUAUACCGUAGUUUACUCAAUAACACUAGUAUGGAUUCCGUCCGUUAUAAUUGGUAUUUGUUACUUGAAAAUAUAUUUGUAUGUCAAAGGACAUUCAAGACGUGUUGCAGACCAAAUUCAGUCAGGUGCAACAAAUCCAUUAAGAAGUUAUCAUUUGGCAAAAACACUUUUUAUUAUAUAUGCAGUAUUCAUAACAUGCUGGGUGCCGUAUGCAUUAUUGAUAGUGAUUGAUAAACAUGACAGUUUCCCACAUGAGCUUCAUGUCUCCAUCACAGUGUUUGCUCAUCUUCAUCCUUCACUAAACUGGCUGAUCUACUACGUCACCAACAAGAAAUUCGCAGACGCUUACAAACAUUUUUUUCGCAGAUGUCUUCCCUGUCGACCAAACUCUGUUGUACCUAAUGUACAUGCGUGA